CCAAAAAUUAAAAAAAAAUAAUGAGUUGUACACAUAUAAAUAUUGUUUAGCAUGUUUUCAAAAUAUUUGUUGCCAAAUAGGUUUAAUUUAAUUGUAAAUAGGCAUUUAAAAUUAACGAGGAUCAAUCAAAAUGACUUUUCAACAACACAGCCAUUCCUUAUUAAUUUAAAAGAUGAUACAGACAAUACAUCAGUUGUACAAAUUAAGAGAGUACUUAAAUCCAAUAAUAUAAGCUGUCAGGAUGGAAUCACAAAUAUCAAAACAAGCUGUCCUGUCUGUGAAAAGAGUGAAAACCAGUCAAGAGACAUUUACAUCAACAAAACUACAGGAUACUUCCUGUGCCCAAGUUGUCAAUACGGUGGAAAGUUUGGAUUGAUUGAGAAAUUCUUUUUACAAUCAAGAUCAUCCCAAAAAGUCAAUGAGUUAAAGACGUACCAAAAAAUAUUUAACAAUUCCAAAGAACAAGCUGUAAAAGAUCAGUUAAACUAUAAAAGUUAUUUGGACAAUUAUCAUGAAGUAACUGAUGAAAAUGUUGAUGACAUCUUUUUCAAAUUUGGCAUUAAUGAUAGAAUACCAAAAAGUUCACUUAAAAAUCUUAAUACGAGGUAUUGUUCAGACACAAAUAAGCUAUUCGUCCCACUUUUGGAUAUACUAGGUCAUUGUGUUGGAUAUAAAACUGUAGAAAUUGACAGUAAUGGAGAAUGGAAAGAAAGCUGUAUACCAGAUUCAAAUUGUUCUGGACUUGUACUUUAUAAUAAUUUAAAGGCAGUGAAAAUUAAAGAGAAAGAUUCACAGCAAAGUGCCAUUAUAGUUUUAAACAUACUAGAUCUCUUAGCAUUGACAACGACUCGUAUUAAUUCUACAUUUAUCUGUUUACCUUAUGGUCUCAAAUUUUUACCUCAAGAAUGUCUUCCUAUUUUAGACCAGUUUAAUGAAUUAGUAUUAUGGUUUAAUUACAAUACGGCUGGUUGGGACAUAGCUCGAAAUUUUGCAAAGAAACUUGAUGAGAAACGAUGUAAAUUUGUUCGACCAACAUUGAGUCAGCCAACACCAUAUAAAGCCUUGGAAUGUAACGUUGAUAUUAAAGGAAUUUAUAGCAAGUCUCAGCCAAUUUUACAUAAAGCCAUAACCACAUUUUCAUCACUUCGUCAAGAUGUAUUGAGUGAUCUUCAAAAUAUUGAUAAAGUGCAAGGUGUUAAAUGGAAAAGAUAUCCAGCAUUAAAUAAAUAUUUAAAGGGACAUCGAAAAGGUGAACUUACAAUUUUAACAGGACCAACUGGAUCUGGAAAGACAACAUUUAUGUCUGAUUAUUCACUUGAUUUAGCAAUUCAAGGUGUCUCAACUUUAUGGGGUUCAUUCGAAAUUAGAAAUACUAGAUUAGCGACUACCUUACUUCGUCAAUAUGCAGGCAAACCUUUACUUGAUUCAAUAACUGAAGAUAAUUUAUUAGAAUUUGAAAAUUUUGCAAAUCAAUUUGAAGCACUGCCAAUUUACUUCAUGACUUUUCAUGGAGAACAGCAAGUUAAGGUUGUAAUGGAAGCGAUUGAGCAUGCACAAUAUGUUCAUGACAUCAACCACGUGAUUAUUGAUAAUGUACAAUUUAUGAUGGGAAUGGGAGAUGACUCAAAACAUAUCGACAGAUUUUAUAAGCAAGAUGUCAUUAUUGCUGCUUUUAGAACAUUUGCUACCAAGAAAAAUUGUCAUGUUACACUAGUCAUACAUCCUAGAAAAGAAAAGGACAGCGAUGAUUUAACAACUAGUUCCAUUUUUGGUGGAGCAAAAGCAACUCAAGAAGCUGAUAAUGUUCUUAUAAUUCAAGAUAAAAGAUUGACAUCUGUUCGAGGUAAAAAAUACUUGCAGAUUGCUAAAAAUCGUUAUUCUGGUGAUUUAGGUAUCAUGCCAUUAGAGUUUGACAAACAAAGCUUGAGUUAUGCUCAAAAACCAAAAAAGAAAACAGAACAACCCGAGAGCUCCUCGGACCAAUCGAAUGAAGUGUUAAAAGAAAAUGCUCAGUUUCCUAACAUGUGAUUAAGCCUCACUGUAUCAUAGUUUUAUAGCAAACCAUAUUGGUUUUAGUAAGUACACAGUUAAAAACUAUUGAAUUUAAUAAUCAAGAAAUACAAAAGUGUUUGUAGGUAUCAUAAAAGCUUACAAGUUGGAAUAAAAUUUAAAUUUAUUUUCGAUAAAAUAAUAAAAAUUAAGGCAGGGGUUCUCAAGCUAUACUGUACGAUACGCAAACACAUCUCCAAAACAAUUCAUAAGACUUAAUUGCAAAUUCCAAAAUAAAUAAAAAGGAACAUGGGACAAUAAAGCUUGAUUAUCACUGGCUUAUAGAAACACUUGAAUCAAUAAUUUUUUUUACCUAGACUAGGGUUUA